AUGGCGAAGGCAUUCAAGAGUGCCGAAAUUGUUGAUGACACUGAUAUGGAUGUCAUGGAGCUGACGUCCUCAAGCCUCUCUGAAUCAGAUUCAGAUGAGAACUCGGGGUCUACAGCCAUUGUGGAGCAAGCACUGUGUGCACGAGACAGUAUCGACUGUGAGCUAGAUGCUAUGGACCGACCACCACUGGAGGCUUCUGUACCAGCAAUGGCUAUACCCCCAACUCAACAGCAGCGAAAAAAAGGACAAAUGAAAAAUGCAGCAAAGCAGUGUCAGGCCACGGUAGCUGAUGAGUCACCCCUACUGGAGUCUCUCAUCACCAUGUACAACAUCUCGAUCUUUCCUAUUGCUGAAAUGAAGAAGGACGACCCGAAGAAGAGAAAAGGGACCAAUACAUACUUGAAACUCGGUCUCAGUGAGCCUUUUGACACCUUCAAGGCUCAGGUUCUUCAGAAGAUCAACGAGCAAACCAAGCCAGAGAAGAUUUCAUAUGAUAACUACACAGCCCUUUAUGCCAUUCCUUGA